ACAAACGUUCUCCCACUACCCCACACACGCCUCAAACAAUUCCUUUCUUCACUCUCUCUCUCUAAAACCGCAUCCACCAGUCAGUUACUUUCCCGAUGUCCGGAAGAGGCCGUGGACGCGGCGGUCCUCCAUCAGGCCGCGGCGGUCCUCCACCAGGCCGCGGCGGUCCUCAACCUGGCCGUGGCCGCGGUGGAGUUCAACCAUCACCAUCGGUUCCAUCUCCUCAACAACCGGCCGGCAGAGGAAAUGCCGGUCCGUCUGUUCCUGUUCCUGUUCAGUCAGUCUCACCGUCGUUGCCUAGGGUUGAGAAUCUGUCGAUAAGUUCACCCUCAGCGCCGCCGUCACAGGCUCCUGCCGGUCCUAGGGUUACCGCUACAGGUUCAGGCUCGCAACAACCGGCAAUGCAACAGCGUCCGGUUCAGUCGCCUCCGGCACAGCAACAGGUGGCAGACGCACCGUUGGUGCCGUCGUCGUCGAAGAAGAUAAGUGCACCGUUGAGGAACGGUUUUGGAACGAUCGGACGGAAAUGUGUGAUUAAGGCGAAUCACUUUCUUGUGGAUCUAGGUCAAAAGGAUCCUCACCAGUAUGAUGUGUCAAUUUCUCCUGAGGUUACAUCAAAGACCAAAUGCAAAGAAAUCAUGAAAUUUCUUAGCUCUCUAUACCGGGCUUCCCACCUGGGAAAUUUGCUAUUAGCUUAUGAUGGAAAGAAGAGUGCGUUUGCUGCGGGUCCAUUGCCCUUUGAGUCGAAAGAGUUCGCUGUUAAAAUCACUGAGCAGGAUGGGUAUAAUCUAAUAUUCAUGCAUAUAUAUAUAUAUUUUAUUGUUUCAAAAACAUUGUUUUAUAUGGUUGUUGGUGUGCAUUCCAGACGGGAACGUGACUUCAGGGUUACAAUUAAGUUCGCUGCAAAAAAAGAUCUUCACUAUCUGAAGCAGUUCUUGAGUGGCAGACAGCAUGAUAGUCCUCAAGAAACAAUUCAAGCUCUUGAUGUGGUUUUAAGAGAAUCAGCGUCAUCAGGUCGUGAAGUAGUUGGGCGGUCGUUGUUCAGCGCUGAAUUUGGCCAAGGUGUGCUUGGUGAUGGCAUCGAGUAUUGGAAAGGAUUUUAUCAAAGUCUCAGACCAACCCAAAUGGGGUUAUCACUUAAUAUUGAUAUGUCGGCUAGGGCUUUUUAUGAACCAAGGUUGGUCUCUGAUUUUAUUGGAGAAUUUCUUAACAAAGAUUUAGCUAGAUCACUAACAGACCAAGAACGUAUCAAGGUGAAAAGAGCUCUUAGAGGUGUUAGAGUGGAGGUCCAUCGCCAAAAUUACAUGAGGCGAUACAAGGUUCAAGGAUUAACUAUCCAACCAGUUAACCAGCUAACCUUUCCUGAUGAAACCGGGGCUGUUAUCUCGGUUGUCCAGUACUUUCGAGAUAAGUACAAUGUUCAUCUUCGUUAUCCUUUGCUUCCCGCAAUUCAAGCAGGCUCGGAUGCUAAGCCCACAUAUUUGCCAACAGAGAUUUGCUGGCUUGCUGGUGGUCAAAGAUAUGGACUGAAGCUCAAUGAAAAGCAAGUUACUAACUUGCUAAGGGCCACAUGUCAACGCCCAAGGGACCGUGAGGAAAGCAUUAUGAAGACUAUGCGUAGUAACAAAUACAACGAGGAUGAACUUGUCAACAAAGAUUUUGGCAUGCGAGUGAGAGAACAACUCACUUCUAUUGAUGCACGCGUUCUUCCACCACCACCAGUCCAAUAUCAUGGUUCUUCUGAAGUAAAACCACUAGUUGGUCAAUGGAAUAUGAUUGACUUGAAAAUGAUCAACGGAGGCACCGUAAAUUAUUGGGCGAUUGCCAACUUCUCAAGGCAACGAGAAGAUGCAGUCAUGCGUUUUUGUAGUGAACUUGUUCAGAUGUGUCAGAACAAGGGAAUCGUUUUCAACCCCCAACCUUUAAUUCGAAUGGUAUCUACUGCGCCACACAACAUCGAGAAAGCUUUAGCUGAUAUUAAGUCUCAGUGUGGUGCGCAACUGAAAAAAGUUGCACCGGACAGCCAACUUCAAUUGCUGUUUGUGAUUCUUCCUGAAGCUAAAGGAACCUACGGAAGAAUUAAACGAGUGUGUGAAACGGAGCUUGGUAUUGUAUCUCAGUGCUGUAAGCCUACUCACGUAAUGAAGCUUAGCAAGCAAUACUUUGAAAAUGUUGCCAUGAAGAUAAAUGUGAAGGUAGGGGGAAGGAACAGUGUCUUGUCUGCGUCCCUCAAUGGUAGACUACCUUACGUAACUGAUCGUCCGACCAUAAUCUUUGGAGCUGAUGUCACCCAUCCUUCACCAGGAGAGGAUUCAGCUCCUUCCAUUGCUGCCGUCGUUGCUUCUAUGGACUGGCCUCAAGUUACCAAGUACAAAGCAUUGGUAUCUGCACAACCACAUAGACAGGAGAUUAUUCAAGAUCUGUACACCAAGAAGGGUGAAACCCAUGCAGGUUUGAUUAGGGAGCUUCUGAUAUCUUUUAAGAGGUCUACUGGACACAAACCUCACCGUAUAAUUUUUUAUAGAGACGGAGUAAGUGAGGGGCAAUUCAAUGAGGUUUUACUAAAUGAAAUGGACAGCAUUCGUAAGGCAUGUGUUUCAUUGGAGCCGAACUAUAUGCCACCUGUUACAUUUAUCGUGGUGCAAAAGAGGCAUCAUACUCGCUUCUUCCCUGAUAAGCAUGGUGAUAGGAAUUCUACUGACAGGAGUGGCAAUAUUCUUCCUGGGACUGUUGUUGAUACAAAGAUUUGCCACCCGACUGAAUUUGAUUUCUAUCUCUGUAGCCAUGCUGGCAUUCAGGGGACGAGUCGCCCAACACAUUAUCAUGUGCUGUAUGAUGAGAACAAGUUUACCGCAGAUGGUUUGCAGAUGCUCACCAAUUCUCUCUGCUACACGUAUGCGAGGUGUACUCGAUCCGUCUCUAUCGUUCCUCCUGCAUACUAUGCUCAUUUGGCUGCCUUCCGAGCCCGUUCUUACAUGGAGGGUGCAGACCUAUCUGACAGCGAUUCACGUGGGGGGCGUGCAACAAGAGAGAGGGUUGCGGAAGUGAAGCCACUCCCGGUCAUUCACGAGAGUGUCAAGAGUGUGAUGUUUUAUUGCUGAAGUGGUGGGGGUGUUUUGAAGUUGUAAACUCAUGGGUAUGGUAUGAUGGUUGACUUUUUGGUUUUUAGUUAUCUUUGGGCGUGGGCGGGCUUGCAUUUUGGCAUGUAGAUGUGUAAAUAACACAGAGCAAAGCAUAGCAUCAUAGCGUAGUGCUUUUCUUGCUUUUGCCAACGACGUUGGAGUUGACUUGUUUGACCUGCUUUUGAGCAUGUGUCAUUUUGAACAUGAAAUCCAACUUGUUUGACCUGCUUUUGAGCAUGUGCCAUUUUUAACUUGAAAGGGAAGGUUGACUUUUGGUAGUA